AUGCUGAGUGGAGCGGCUGGGGCUGCGCGGCGUGGCGGAGCAGCGCUCUCUCCCUCGCUCACUCGCUCGCUCGCAGGGACACACGCAGGGGCUGACAGCUGUGCUGGUGCUGAUAAGGGAAGCCACAAGGAGACGAUCGAGGAGAGAGACAAGCGGCAGCAGAGGCAGCAGCGGCAGAGGCAGCACCAGGUCUGCAGAGCUGCUGGGAGUGGGAGUGACGCCCCCAUCGGCCCCCACCCUGUCCCUGUCCUCCUCCUGCUUGCCCUGAGUUUAGAAGAGCAGCCGCUGUCACCACCACCACUCCGGAGGGCAUCAGGGCUGCUGGCCAGGAAGGGACAGGGCAGUCAGGCUCUGGCCAGUCCCAGCAGUCAGGGACAGAUGCCGAUCGAGAUUGUGUGCAAAAUCAAAUUUGCUGAGGAGGAUGCAAAACCCAAGGAGAAGGAGGCAGGGGAUGAGCAGAGCCUCUUGGGGGCUGCUCGGGGGGCAGCACCCCCCCGGGACCUGGCCACCUUUGCCAGCACCAGCACUCUGCAUGGGCUGGGCCGGGCCUGUGGUCCAGGCCCCCAUGGACUGCGCAGAACCCUGUGGGCACUGGCCCUACUCACCUCUCUGGCUGCCUUCCUGUACCAGGCGGUCGGCCUGGCCCGGGGCUACCUGACCCGACCUCACCUGGUAGCAAUGGACCCUGCUGCCCCAGCCCCAGUGGCGGGCUUCCCAGCUGUCACCCUCUGCAACAUCAACCGCUUCCGGCAUUCGGCACUUAGUGAUGCUGACAUCUUCCACCUGGCCAAUCUGACAGGGCUGCCCCCCAAAGACCGGGAUGGGCACCGUGCAGCUGGCCUGCGUUACCCAGAGCCUGACAUGGUAGACAUCCUCAACCGCACUGGCCACCAGCUUGCUGACAUGCUCAAGAGCUGCAACUUCAGUGGGCACCACUGCUCCGCCAGCAACUUCUCUGUGAGGCAGGCCUUGUGUCUUCCCCAGCUGGUGUUUCCCUCUGGCUUCCCAGCCCUGGAUCAGUGGAUGCUUGGAGAGGCUUACCCCAGUGGUGCUGCUGCUCCGGUCCUGUUGCUGCUGCAGUGCCCAGGGCUAGGGCCGGGCUGCCUCCUCCAGAUCCGGGCUGGCUCAGGAAUGCGGAGGCAGGAGGGCCCCAGGAGCAGGGAGAAUGCCCAGCUUGAAGUCUACUUACUGGUCCAAGGCACCCAAGGCAGUUCUCCAGCUCUAUGUCCACCUCCUCCGGACCCCGCCCCGCUGCCUGCAACCCGGCCGCGGCGGACGACGGUGUCUCCCUCCGCGGUGGAAGCCUCUGGCGCUGGUGUGUUGCCGCCCGUCGACCGUCACUUUGCCAGAGGUAGCCGGGAGCCGGGUGCGGCUGAAUGCAAAAUGAGGCAAAACCCAGGCGAUGGGAGCAGCCGACGCCCGGAGGAGAACGGGACCGGCGAGGGUCGCCCCUGCGCGCCGGUGAUGAGGAUGCUGACUCCGCAGGAGGCCAGCGGAGGCCGGCGUGAAGAGCGCGGCCGUGGUGUGCGGGCCUCCAGGGCGGGCAGCCAGGAGGCGGCUGCCAGGG